AUGACAACUCGAGAAGUCGAAGAAGUCUCUGCAGAUGAGGAAGAACUCACGGCGGUAAGAAAAGCCAUUAACGACAGUUCGUGGGACAUGAUGGUCUACAAACAAUACAUCCCAUGUUGUGACGAGUUCUGUGUAGUUGGUCAACUAGUGCUCAGGGGAACAAGAGUGGUUAUUCCAAAGAAGUUAAGACCCAAAGUGUUAAGUUUGGCUCACGAGAGGCAUCUUUGUAUUGUGGGGACGAAACAGAAGCUUCGAAGUAAAGUUUGGUAAAGAAUGGAAAAGGAUGCAGAGAAGUAUUGUAAAGCAUGCUAUGGGUGCCAAUUAGAUAGUCAUCCUGACGUCUAGAGCCCAUUAGAACUACUACCCUUCCUAGUGGCCCAUGGAGAGACUUAGCAGUUGACCUGUUAGGACCUUCAAUUACGGGAGAGUUUAUACUGGUUGUUAUCGAUUAUUCCAGUGGCUACUAUGAAGUUGUUAUCAUGAAAUCAACCGUUACUGCUAAGGUCAUUGAAAGUCUUGAAGAAAUAUUCUUUAGACAUGGUCUUCCCAUAAGUUUGACGUCUGAUAAUGGACCUCAAUUCAUUUCCACAGAAUUUAAAGCUUAUAUGGAUUAUCAACGAAUUCGACAUCGAAGAGUUACUGCAAAGUGGCUCAAAGUGGCGAGGUCGAACGACAGAACCGGUCAUUGUUAAAGAGAAUCCAAAUCGCACAAGCAGAGAAGAAAGAUUGGAAGAAGGAACUAAAUGUAUAUUUAGCUUCUUAUCGUAGUCUACCUCAUCCAACCUCAGGUAUGAGUCCUGCAGUAUUGUUAUUUGGUCAGAAAAUACGGAAACGUUUGCCAGAACUUCGAGAUAUACACGUUGAACUGGAAGUGCGAGAUCGAGAUCACGAGCAGAAGAAUAAAGGUAAAAUGUAUGCUGACGAAAGACGAAAUGCGCGGUACUCGGAUAUUCUUCCUGGUGAUAAAGUACAUUUCGACCAUUAACUUUUUAGGACAAUCUUAAAAGGAAAAAAAAGAGCAAAGACGUAAUUCAAAUGUUUUGCUAUAGGAAUCGAACUAUAUAUAUAUAUAUAUAUAUAAACUUUGUUUCUGAAAAAACGAGGGAUGUAGUGUAUGGGAUUUAGUACCUUUUGGUGUAUGUUAUUUAGUUUAGGUUAAAUACCAGGCUCCUACAGCUCGGAUAUAGUUGAUAACGAAGCCAAGAUGGCGAAUAUUUGUGCUUUGAAAUUAUGAUUUUAAUCUAUAACAAUCCGUGUUAUUUGUAUGUUACCGAAGCAUAUAACACCUAUCAAUUCUUAACAGUACGUCGUCUUUACACUUCUACCGAUGUCUGACUUAGAGAUCUAGAAACCUGCAGGAGUCUCAAAUUAAAACCUGUUCCGCCGCCACCGAUAUAUUGUGUUUAAAACAUUUCAAACAAACAUGUGCACAAACCUUGCUCUUAGCGUAUUGUAAUUAAAGUGUCAUGCAGUAAUCUCUAAAACAAUGGUUUUAUAUAAUUGCUUUGAUACAACCAAUAUUAAACAUAAUUUCGCUCAUUUCUCGUAUUUAAGGAAGAAAUGUAAUCUUCGAAUAAACUUAACAUUCACAACUAAACAUUUCGAUAUUCCUUGUCCAAGGUCUUCAUCUACAAGAGUGAGUAAUAUAUAAAUUAAAAAGUCGCAACAUGGCUCUUUUUUCACUUAAUUAAUGGUCUCCUUCUAUUAACCGUGAUAGGCGCUAAAUUAUAUGUCUUCUUAAGUUACAUAAAGUUAACGAAUUUUGUUCGGAAAUUGCAUUGAGUUACCUAAACAGGAGAGUAGGGCACGAAAACCACUUGUCAACUGUCUAAUACAUAUUGAUCCUUAAGUUUCAGGUAUGGACGAAAAUGAUGAUGAUAUUUUUGAAAAAUAUAUGGUUGGAAUUAUAGUAUUAGCAAUCAGUCUUCCGGUCAUUUUAUUUGUUAUUAUUGCUUAUUUCAUUUAUAAAAAUGGUCGAGUCAAAUCAUCAAGCACUAAUGCAAACGUAGAGGGGACAGAUGACGAAAAUUAUUCGGAACUUGGUACUUAUGACGAUCAUGUAGGAGAUGAUGUCAGUACUGGUGAUUAUGAACUAGUAAACGAUGAGCAGUCAACGUAUACAUCUCUCAAAAGGUCUCGGGAAGACGAAUGUGAUGAAUAUUUAUAUACUCAUCUAAAUGAAGAACAUGAUGACUACGUAAUUCCGGCGGAAACUAGAAUGUAAUGUUUUAUUAAUAUAAUGCAUAAUUAAUCGACAUAUGGUCUCGAAACAUUGAAAAUUUCGAAGUGUCUGUAAUGAACAAGGAUUCUAUGUUGAGUCGACUUCACUUGUAAAUAUUUUUACAGUCAUGCAUUGUAUGGAUGUCUUUAUUAUACUAAUUAAAAAUUUAUUGUUUUCGCUAUGCACAAGUAUGCAUAUAAAACAAAAUAUUAAGGAUGCACUAGAUAUCAUAUCUGGCCGGAUAUCCGGGCCGAAUACUGACAUAACCUUACUAUCCAGUAUCCGGCAGGAUAUUAGAAACAUCCGGCGGGAUACCAGAUGUUGUUUAUAUCUGAAGGUUCAAGCCCUCUUUUCGGGUUAAAAGAUGAGUUGAUAUGUUUGAAAAAGUAGGAUGUGUUUAACAUGAUUUGACAAUGAAAUAGUCAUAGAGAAACUGGCAGUGUUUCACAUUCGUUUGCGAGUGGCAAAAAGUGGAUUUUGAACUUUAUAAGCAAGUCUUUGGCAAUCACGCUUGUUUACUGUUGGUGAGACUAUAUCAUGUUCUUUCAUAUGAGUUCAAGUAUUAUUGUAAGUCAAAAUAUUACAAAGACGCGCAUUUUACAGCAAAUUAAAAUAUCUUAAAUGAAAACCCAAACCUUAUUUAUUAAUUAAUUUAUUUAUUAUAUGAACAAUGUUCGAUAUGCAACCGGAUAUUUUUCAAAACUAUCGGCAUAUCCGGUAACCGGCUGGAUAGCAAAAAGUUCUAUCCGGCGCACUCCUAAAAGCGAUUGAAGAAAGACUUUAGCCAAGUUUCCAUACCAUAUAUUGAUUAUGUUUUUCAAUUUUGCGUUGUAUGGUCAAAAAGUGACUGGAAAUGAGACAAAAAAUUGUUCUUCGUUGUCUGAAAAAAAGCCAGUUAUGUAAAGUGUGUGUUUGAUUUGUUAUUAUUGAUGUGCGCAUGUACGACAUAUAUAAGCGUAUGUGGUUUGCUAGCCCUUGAUAAGCAACGUUAAUACACUGAUCCUAAAACUAGCAUAUAUACUGCUAUAGACCCAUUGCACAUGACGUCACAGCGCCGGUGAUGAUGCAUCUGGAGGACAAAUUAGCAAAUCUAUGCAUAAUAUAACUUUUGUAAACAAAGCAAAUUUUGCAAAACUUUAUAAUAAUUUUGUAUUAUAAAAUGGUUAAUUUUUGCGCUGUAUGUGGUUGUUGUACCCGAACAGAUAUUGUUAGGGGGCAUCUGAGGGACACUCUAAGGAUUUGUGACGUUAGUGCAAAGGGUCUGUACAUAAGUAAAUAAAAAAUGAAGCCAAUUGUGGCCAUAUUGGCGUGAACACCACUAAUAUACUGCGCUGUCGUGUUGCCCGUAUGUUAGACUGAAGAAGUUCUGUGGCCACCAUUGUUAUGCAUUGAAG